UUUUUACAAAGUCAAACUGUUGCUCUUUCACUGCAUAAGAUAAGAGAAGGUUGAUUCGUUGUGCUUUUGGACCCACCCUUCAAAAUUCAGCGACCUGGUUCAGGGGGCAACUUGCCCCAAGGCAGUGAGGACAUCCAUUUUCCCAUACCUCGAAGAGUAAACUCAUCCCAAAAAAUGAUGAUCGAUGAUGAUGUUGAGACAGGUAAUCUGGGGACUAACCAAGAAAGGCCAAGGACUUUCCCUAGCAUGCGCAGUAAACCCUAUAAUCCGUUGAUAUUUCGAGUGCUCAAGCAAAUAAAUGUCCGAGUUCUACUUGUGCUUUUGCUCUUAGGUUUUGGGGUGAUCUUUUACAUUGGAGCAAGUACUUCUCCAAUUAUUGUGUUUGUCUUCACAGUUUGUAUCAUCAGCUUCCUUUUUUCAGUUUAUCUCACCAAAUGGGUACUCUCAAAGGAUGAGGGACCUCCUGAAAUGAUUCAGAUAUCAGAUGCAAUACGUGAUGGAGCACAAGGCUUCUUCAGGACCCAGUAUGGUACUAUUUCUAAGAUGGCAAUGCUACUAGCACUGGUGAUCCUCUGUAUAUAUUUGUUCCGCAGCACAACUCCUCAACAAGAAUCUUCUGGCCUUGGAAGGUCAACAUCUGCAUAUAUCACUGUUGCUGUAUUCCUUUUGGGAGCUUUGUGUUCAGGUGUUGCAGGUUAUGUUGGGAUGUAGGUGUCAGUACGUGCAAAUGUUAGAUUUUCUAGUGCUGCAAGGCGGUCAGCUAGAGAGGCAUUGCAGAUAGCUGUUCGUGCUGGUGGUUUGUCUGCCAUAGUGGUGGUUGGCAUGGCUGUGAUUGGCAAAGCCAUCCUUUAUGCUACAUUUUAUGCAUGGUUGGGUGUGGAUUCCCCUGGUUCAAUGAAGGUCACUGAUUUGCCUCUUAUCCUUGUGGGAUAUGGAUUUGGAGCUUCAUUUGUUGCAUUGUUUGCUCAGUUGGGUGGUGGAAUAUACACAAAAGCUGCUGAUGUUGAGGCUGACCUUGUUGGAAAAGUAGAGCAGGGAAUACCAGAAGAUGAUCCUAGAAAUCCUGCAGUGAUUGCAGAUUUGGUUGGAGAUAAUGUGGGUGAUUGUGCUGCUCGAGGUGCUGAUCUUUUUGAAAGUAUUGCAGCUGAAAUAAUCAGUGCCAUGAUACUUGGGGGAACCGUGGCCCAGCGUUGCAAAAUUGAGGAUCCAUCUGGCUUCAUCUUGUUUCCUCUUGUCGUUCAUUCAUUUGACCUGGUCAUAUCUUCAAUUGGAAUUCUUUCAAUUAGGAGUACUCGUGAUUUUAGUGUGAAGUCUCCCAUGGAGGAUCCAAUGGCAAUCCUUCAGAAAGGAUACUUAGUUACAGUAUUUCUGGCAGUUCUUACAUUCGUUGCGGUAAGAUAAUUGAUGCUUUAUACAGAGCAAGCACCUUCAGCAUGGGAUCACUUUGCGUUAUGUGGAUUGGUUGGAAUCAUCACAGCUUAUAUUUUUGUCUGGAUCACCAAGUACUAUACUGACUACAAGUAUGGUCCUGUACGCACAUUGGCUCUUGCUAGCUCCACCGGUCAUGGGACUAACAUAAUUGCAGGAGUUAAUCUGGGGCUUGAAUCAACAGCCCUUCCUGUUCUUGUCAUUAGUGUAUCUAUAGUUUCAUCUUUCUGGCUGUGUCACACUGCAGGACUGGUUGAUGAGGCUGGAAAUCCCACAGGUGGGCUGUUUGGCACAGCUGUGGCCACAAUGGGAAUGCUCAGCACUGCAUCCUAUGUUCUUACCAUGGAUAUGUUUGGCCCUGUAGCUGACAAUGCUGGUGGAAUUGUAGAAAUGAGUCAGCAGCCUGAAAGUUUUAGGGAGAUUACUGAUAUUCUUGAUGCUGUUGGGAAUACCACAAAGGCUAAAACCAAAGGAUUUGCCAUUGGGUCUGCAGCACUGGCUUUCCUUCUGUUUAGUGCUUAUAUGGACGAGGUUGCCACAUUUGCUCGGGGACCUUUCACUCAGGUUGAUAUUGCCGUUCCAGAAGUUUUUGUUGGUGGAUUAUUGGGUUCCAUGCUUAUUUUCUUGUUCAGUGCAUGGGCCUGCUCAGCAGUUGGCCAAACUGCUCAGGAGGUCGAGAAUGAAGUACGAAGGCAAUUUAUUGAGAGACCAGGUAUCAUGGACUACAAGGAGAAACCAGAUUAUGGUCGCUGUGUUGCUAUCGUUGCAUCUGCAUCCUUGAGGGAGAUGAUAAAACCUGGUGCCUUGGCUAUUAUAUCGCCUGUUGUUGUUGGGUUUCUGUUCCGGAUUUUGGGGUACUAUACAGGGCAUUCUCUACUUGGGGCUAAAGUUGUGGCUGUGCUGAUGUUUGCAACAGUUUCUGGUAUUCUCAUGGCUCUUUUCCUGAACACAGCAGGUGGUGCAUGGGAUAAUGCAAAGAAGUACAUUGAGACAGGUGCUCUUGGAGGCAAAGGGAGUGUCUGUCAUAAAGCAGCGAUUACUGGAGAUACUGUGGGGGAUCCUGCUGGACCUUCACUUCAGGUCCUCGUAAAGAUGUUAGCAACGAUAACGCUUGUGCUGGCUCCGGUCUUUCUGUGAGAGUUGGUAGUAUCAUGCGCGGUUUAAUCAGAGGAGUAUACAGCGGCACCCAUUAGCAUGGAGUGGUUAGAUAUUUUUGCAAAUAUACUGAUAGGUAUUUUGAUGCAUACCAAGGGUGAUCCUUUAACAUCCUGGAUAAGAGAAGAGAUGAGAUGAGAUGCUAGCAGACUGCAAAUUUUAAGCGUGAAGUAAGUAAAUACGACGAAUAAUUAAUUUAUUUUUUCGUGAUUAGUAAUACUUAGAGUUGAGUGUUGUUGACAACUGAUAAGAUGUCUUCCUACCUGAGAGAUGGAUGGCUAUCGAUAGGAGGGCAACGCUGAUGUGGUUCGAUCGAGAUUGGUGCAUAAAAUUCCUGUUUGAAGUUCAUGAUGUCGUAUUGAAUGCUUGUAUCAAUCAAGAUUUAUAGCCUGUGCUUCAUAUUAUGCCCCGCGACUAGGUGUGUAUAGAUUUCUAUAGUUUUGAUUCCGACGACGUACCAAAGUCCAAUGAUUUAUAGGAUUGCGUGCAGCAAAUAUUGGAGGUAUCAUCAAACAAGUUAUUCUAAGCUUGUAUAGUUGGUGGGAGUGUUGGUUUUAGUUUUUGUGGUUAAGAUCGUGAUUGGAUAUAAUUUAUUUAUGUAUAAAAUUUAAUUAUAAAAACUAAUAUUUUUUGUUUUU